AUGGCCCCUAACCCUGGGGAUGUGAAAAUGUCACCUCUUGCUAUAUCUUUGCAAGGUGUCGAUCAAAGACGACACUCCCCUAGCGAAACCUACACGUCUGUUUUCGCAAUUUUCAGAGUGCCCAAAUUUGACUUUAAUUUAACCUCCAGCACACCAAAUGGUUCUUACCUUCAAUUUAUCUGUGUGGGUAUAGAUAACAGUCCUGCGCUCAUGCAAUGCGGUAUUUUAAACGGCAUUAGACGAAGUGAAGGCCAGGAUAUCAUUGAGAGAACGGCCUGGUAUGAGUGGCUUCCGCAACCGUUAGUUCGGAUUGAUCACCGUCUGUUUGAUUUCAAAGCUGGACACACGAUAAUGGCAUUCGUCAAUAUGGCAAACCCAACUACCACAACCUGUUACCUUAAGAACAUCAAUACCAACCAGACCUAUACAAAGACUUAUCAACCUGAAAACUCUACUCAUGCACUGCAAGGGUAUCAAGCCGAAUGGAUUGUGGAACAACAAAUUACACCGGGGUUUCCAACACCUCACUACGAAAAUGUUACAUUCUGGAACACAAGAGCAGGUGUUAAUUAUGGAGGAUUGCAAUACACGCUCGAUGGUGGCAACCCUUCGGAGCUUCAAACCCCGCCAGCUGGGGUGGAAAUUGAGAAUUCAACCACAUUUCACGUUUAUUGGAUGGAGAAUAAGAAUGGUUGA